AUGCGUCUUCACAAGACAUAUGGUGACAUCGUCCGAGUCGGUACUUGCUUCUAACACGUCACUGUGAUUUGUUCACUACUGAUUGUGGAUUGUGCCAGGUCCAUCAGAACUUUCUAUUAAUGAUCCUACGCUAUUCCACUCGAUUCAUUCGAAAUCAUCAACCUUCACCAAAGGACCCUGGUAUAAUCUCAUGCAUCCAAUUGUUUCUCUUCAUAUGAUUCGCGACCACGAGGAGCAUAGCCGGCGGCGCAAGAUCUGGGACAAAGGCUUCAGUUCGAAAGGUAAAGUAGCGUCGCCAUAUCCUGGUCAGUGGAAUUGCUACUGAUUAUACGCAGCACUUCGAGAGUACGAGCCGCGAGUAGCUUUCUAUACGGAACAAUUGCUCAAGCGCAUUGUAUGCAACGGAAACCAGACUGUCAAUGUUACCGCUCUAUUCAACUACUACAGUUUCGAUGUCAUGGGCGAUCUGGCCUUUGGCCGCAGCUUCAACAUGCUCAGAGAUGGCGCCGCUCACAAAUACAUGAAGUCUUCCCACGACAAUAUGCUAACCGCGACCGCCUUCAGUCACUUGGUUUGGAUCUUUCCUAUUGUAAAGAAAAUUCCCGUCCUGAAUUAUGGUCAUGUUCAGCUACAGAAGUGGCUUACCGAACAGGUGAAGCAAAGACGGGAGAGCCCCCCGACAACGCCGGAUAUUUUCUCUUGGCUUCUGAACGGCUUUGAGAGUCUUGAUCAUCCAACCUCCCAAGAUGAGAUUAAUCUUGUUGGGGACGCACACUUGGUCGUCGUCGCUGGAAGGUGAGUUUUUACUAGUGAAUCUGUCAAUGGAGGCGCAGCGCUGAUAACUUGAUAGUGACCUCACGGCAGCGUCAAUUACCUGUCUGUUUUAUCAACUUGCCCUUCAUCCACUCAUCAUGGCAGAUUUGCAAACUGAAAUUGAUCAAUUCUACACCAAGUACGAACACCCAAGUCAUCAUGGUCUUUCGAAACUCGAGUAUCUCAAUGCCUGUAUCGAUGAAUCGCUUCGUCUAUACCCACCAGUACCAUCAGGCCUCCAGCGUAUCAGUUCGCCAGAGGGUUGCCAUAUCGGUGAUCUUUUCAUCCCUGGUAACACUGUUGUACAAAUUCCUUCAUAUACAAUGUAUCGAGGUACUUUUGAAGCGACUCAAUCACAUCAGCUCGUAUCGUGUCUAACUUCCGUUCACAGAUGCGAAGAAUUUCACACUGCCCGACGAUUUUAUUCCCGAACGAUGGACAACAAGACCUGAACUGACGCGAGAUUCGUCGAUCUAUGCACCUUUCUCAAUCGGUAGAUUCAUCUCCUCCUGGUUAGCUCUGAAAAUUCUAGUUUCCUAA